AUGGCAUUCACUCAUCUGUCUGAUUGCAUAUCUCACCCUUCAGCACCUUCCCAACCCCCAUUCAAAUUAACACAGGGAUGUCCAGCUGAUUUACUUCAUUCGACAGCAUUACGAGCCGUUUUAAUCGCAUGCCAACAACAGCCUUCAACGGUUGUUGCAGCUUUUGAAGGAGUUGAAGACGUUCUGAAUCAAUGUAGAGAACGAAUGAGAUUCCAACCAUGGGACUGUGCCGAUGCCGGAAACAUAAUGCAUGAUCCUCCUAUUCUUCGAAAAGGAUAUCGUGAAUCAGCAUUAAUAUGGGCAUUAUCAUCAGCAGGCACGGCGUGGGGAAUCGCAACGGCUUGUGCACAAGGAUGGAUUGCUGAUUGUGCUUGUUCACCACCACAAUCGUCUUCAAGUGAACAAGCGGGCUGGGAAUAUGGAGGCUGUUCUUUUGGUGUUCAACACGGAGUUACCAUGAGCCGGAAAUUGUUAACUAAAUCUACCGUAUCCAGUAGCCCUUUGAGGAUCGUUGAGAAACAUAACCUGAAGGCCGGGCGACUGGCUGUCAAGAAAACCUUAAUAGCCUCAUGUAAAUGCCACGGAGUAUCUGGUUCCUGCCAGCAAAAAACGUGUUGGAAGAAAACAGCAAACCUGGAACAUAUCACUGAUUAUCUCGUCAACAAAUAUGCGCGAGCGUCGUUAUACUCUCGUGGCAAAGAGACAAAGAACUCGGAUUUGCAAUAUCUCGAAUCAUCACCUAACCAUUGCUUGAAAAAAACUGUAGUUCCGAGAGUUUGUGCGUGGAGGAACGAAACCCACAGUCAAGGAGACUGCAGCAGAUUAUGUUGUGGACGAGGAUUCAGUAUAAGCCAUGAAACAAUUCAUCACAAAUGCGAGUGUAAGUUUGUUUGGUGUUGUAACUUGGUUUGUAAGGAUUGUGUGCAGCAUCGUUGGGUCUCUACAUGCAACCGAUAA